AUGGCCAAGCAACAGACGAAAAUUCCACCCCUCAUUGGGUGGUUGUAUGAUCUGGUCCUUUGGUCCUUCUCCGUGCUCAUCGACCUCUUCUUCCGUGAAGUGCAUCCCCGCGGAUCAUGGAAAAUUCCUCGUCGCGGGCCCAUUAUUAUCGUCGCCGCUCCUCAUGCGAAUCAAUUUGUUGAUUCCCUCGUCCUCAUGCGCGUCAUUCGCAGCGAAGCGCACCGCCGGAUCUCAUGGCUAAUUGCAGAAAAGUCAUUCCGUCGCAAGUUCAUCGGACUGCUUGCAAGGGGCAUCGGAACGCUGCCGGUGGCCCGCGCCAUGGAUAACUUGAAACCCGGAAAAGGCACGAUCUACCUGCCUGACCCUGUCAACGAGCCGACCCUUUUACGAGGCGUGGGAACCAACUUUGAAGGCCCGGGAUUUGAAGUGGAGGGUACAAUUGCGCUGCCAACCAUCAAGGGGACAUCGCAUAGCACGGCCAUUGCGGAAAUUCGCGGACCCGAGGAACUCAUCUUGAAGAAGCCUUUCAAGCACAGAGAUGCCUUGUUCCAGCUUACAGGAAGGCAGGACAUUGACGAGGAUGGGAAGUUCUUGGGAGAUGCGACAGAUCAAGCCCAGGACUUUAAGGGCACUAAGUUCAAAGUUGCACCACACGUGGAUCAAACUGCCGUCUAUGAAGCUGUCUUCGCGAGAUUGAAUGCCGGUGGCUGUGUUGGCAUUUUCCCAGAAGGUGGUAGCCAUGACCGUACCACGCUUCUUCCUCUCAAAGCUGGUGUGGCACUCAUGGCUCUUGGUACUUUGGCGGAAAAUCCGGACUGUGGGCUGAAAAUUGUACCCACUGGCAUGAACUAUUUCCACGCCCAUAAGUUCCGCUCUCGUGCAGUCAUUGAGUUUGGCAAACCGAUCGAAGUCCCCAGGGAACUUGUAGACCAAUUCAAGAGAGGUGAACGUCGUGAGUCUGUCGGCGCUCUCUUGGAUAUCAUCUACCAAAGUCUUGUCGCUGUUACGGUUACUAGUCCGGACUAUGAAACACUCAUGGUUAUCCAAGCGGCCCGUCGAUUGUACAACACCAAGGGAAAGAAGCUUCCUCUUCCGAUGGUCGUGGAGCUCAACCGUCGACUUGUCAAGGGAUACGCACAUUUUAAAGAUGACCCGCGGAUUGUCAACCUUCGGAAGUCCAUCGUGAACUACAACAAGCAACUUCGUAUCCUUGGCAUCCGAGACCACCAGGUAGCAUAUGCCAAGUUCUCCAUUUUGCAGGUGAUUGCUACGUUGAUCUAUCGCUUGGGCAAACUGGUCCUCCUGACCAUUGGAACUUUGCCCGGGUUGCUUCUUUUUGCUCCUGUCUUUGUUGCAACAAAGUAUCUGUCAAUCAAAAAGUCCAAGGAAGCAUUGGCUGCCUCCAGUGUCAAACUCCAGGGCAGGGAUGUUAUGGCAACCUGGAAGCUUUUGAUUGCACUUGCAUUUGCCCCAGCUGUCUAUGCAUUCUACUCCACGGCAUUCACCUAUUGGACCUAUCGGAACCGAGUCCAGGGUUUGAUCCCCGAAUGGGUUCCCCUCUGGAUGGUGGUGAUGAUGGGAAUGGUCCUCUUCCCCACCAUCACUUUCGCUGCUCUCCGUAUUGGUGAGGUCGGCAUGGACAUCAUCAAAUCGCUUCGUCCCCUGGUUCUUUCUUUAAACCCUUCGUCCGCCAACACCCUAGUGAAACUCCGUGCGAAGCGAGCGGCCCUUGCCCAGCAGGUCACGGAUGCUAUCAACACUAUGGGCCCGGAGCUCUUCCCUGACUUUGACGCUGCGCGAAUCGUCACAGAUCCGUUCCGGGAGGUCAGUUACGAUGGGCCAGAUAUUAAACGGGUCGGUGAUGCCGAUCUGGGUGAUUCCUCGCCCAGUGCAGAGCCUCUACCCCGCAAUGAGUCUUUCCAUAACCUGGCCAAUAUUGGUUUCUUCUCCACAAGACCGCCAAGCCGCAACCGCAGUCGCAGUAGCUCCGCAGCACCCCGGCCCGGCUCUCGGCAUGGCCUCAAACCACUCAGCCCUAUGACUACAAAAGACCCCUUCGAGGACGUCAGCUCGCGGAUUCGAGAUGCUAUGAGAGAGCGUGGUGAGCGACGUCGCCGUCGGAGUGAAGAUGGAAGCUGGGAUAUGGCUAGUUCGGGGACAAGAACCCCUUCUAGCGGCGACGAAUACCGAAAAGAUCUAUGA